AUGGCACAGGGACAGCGCAAGUUUCAGGCUCAGAAGUCCGGGAAGAGCAAGGCCGCGGCGGCUGCGACGGCCUUAGACCGAACUCGAGGCCCGCGGAAGGGCGGCCGCGUUAUCGCCCCCAAGAAGGCGCGCGUAGUGCAGCAGCGAAAACUCAAGAAGGAACUGGAGGUUGGGAUCCGGAAGAAGAUUGAACAUGACAUGGUGAUGAAAGCCAACACCAAUCUGCCCAAGAAGCUGGCACUGCUGAAGGCCCCCGGCAAGAAGAAGGGGGCAGCCUCUGCUAAGACUUCCUCCUAA